CUUUCCGUAAUAUCCCCUUGACUCCGAGCCUUUUCUAUGAAGUCUGAGCCGAAGUUGACCAAGGCGGACUCCCGCGAUUCUAAGCUGAACAUCUAUCUCUUUCUCUCUCUCGCUACCUGAAGGGAACAUCGGGAACUUCGCCAGAGAUCGGAACCGUCGAGCUCCACUUACUUCGCCGGGAGCAUGGGCUGCUUCUUUGCCAAACCGGCGGUGCUAGGCGAUCUUUCACCUACACCCGUAACCAAGCCAUCCAAUAAACCCCGGAACGACGCUAGCUCGCCGGCGCGCCGCCGCAGUCCGAUCCCGUGCCCGAGCCCUUCUACCCCGGCAACAGACCUAAAUGAAUGGCCCUCUUGGCUCUCCGCCGUCGCUGCAGACUCUCUCAUCGGCUGGUCUCCCCGCUCCGCCAGCUCCUUCGAGAAGAUCGGCAAGAUUGGGAAGGGCACUUACAGCAAUGUUUUCAAAGCAAAAGAUCGGCAAACGAAUGAAUUAGUGGCGCUUAAGAAGGUUCUCUCGGAUACGACGAAUUCCGAAAGUAUACGAUUCAUGGCGCGGGAGAUAGCUAUUCUCCGCCGUCUGGAAAACCCUAACGUCGUCCCUCUCCGGGGUAUAAUCACCUCCCGCAUCUCCUCCACCACAUCUCCUUCCCUCUACCUAAUCUUCGAUUACAUGGAGCACGACCUCGCCGGACUCGCCGCCUCACCUUCCGUCCAUUUCUCCCUUCCCCAGAUUAAGUGCUAUAUGAAACAACUUCUUACGGGCCUCGAUCAUUGCCACCGUCAUGGAGUCCUUCACCGUGACCUCAAGGGAUCUAAUCUGCUAAUCGACAAUAAGGGGAAUCUUAAGAUUGCGGAUUUUGGCCUGGCCAGCUUCUUCGAUCCUAAAGGCAACGAACCGAUGACAAGCAGGGUUGUGACUCUGUGGUACCGAGCUCCUGAACUUAUACUCGGCGCGACCAACUACGGUGUCGGAAUCGAUCUAUGGAGCGUAGGCUGUAUCCUGGCGGAGCUCAUCUCCGGAACGCCAAUUCUCCCCGGUCGGACUGAGGUCGAGCAACUGCAUAGGAUUUUUAAGCUCUGUGGUUCGCCGACGGAGGAUUACUGGAGGAAUUACAAGUUUCCAAACGCCGCCAGCUAUAGAUCGAGGCAUCAAUACCAGAGCAGUAUGAGGGAGACUUUAAAGGACUUUCCGUUGCCGGCGAUCAGACUCAUUGAAAAGCUCCUCUCCUUAGAUCCGGCCGAUCGAGGAACUGCUGCCGACGCCCUGAACAGUGAGUUCUUCACCACGGAGCCAUAUGCUUGUGAGCCAUCGAGCUUGCCGUGGUAUCCCCCAACAAAGGAGAUGGACACAAAGCUCAGAGACGAAAAAGCAAGAAAACAAAUAGAGGCCACUGUAAAACAAAGCAGCAGUAGCAAUGCCCAGAAGAAGUCUAAAACUUUCCAUGGCCGGCGAAGACGAGCGGUUCCUUCUGCAUUCGCCAAUGCAGAACUGACAGCUAAUCUUGAUAGAUUUAGGCGAAUUGGGCAUCCAAAUCUGAUCACGACUAGUGAGAAAUUUCCGCCGCCGCACGAAGAUGGAGCGGUCGGCGGCCUUUUGGACUCGUCGAAGAAUUAUAGCACGGCGUCCUUCACUGUAGCUGAUUCUUCCCAGCUUGAUUCUUAUUCUUACUCUUUCUUUGAAAGUGAGAUAGAGGGAGGUAAGCUGCAGCAGAAGCACAGUGGAGGGGGAGGGAGGAGAAGCACUGGAAGCAAAGCUUUGAAGCCUUCCUCCAUUGGUCCAGUUGCAGAGGUAAUAAACAAAGGUGGUAACUAAAAUAUGUUUUGGCCUCAUUUGGUUGUUUGUAUAUAUAAAAUGUGUUUUGAAAAUGAAUUUUGUUUUUUUGUUUUUUUUUUGUUUUAUGUAUAGAAAUAAAAUCAUUAUAUUAAGAUUACU